AUGGCUUCCUCUUCCCGUGCCAAGUUAUUGAAUCCCACGCAGUAUCACCUGGAACAGCAGCAGCAACAACAGCACAACCCGCUAUCGUUGUAUGAUCAGGAAUUGCCAUCGUCUUCAUCACCCUUUGUCGAUCAGGACAAUUUCUCCCAAACGUUCCUCUCUCCCAAUGCAACCACUUUGGACGAACUAGACGAUGUCGACUAUCAGUCAGGGAUGUAUGCUGACUCGACUUGGCUUGGUGCUACGUCACCACCACAACAGCAACAACAACGAGUACAACCUAUGCCAAUGAUGAAUACACAUCAUCAAUACCCUCUUCAUCCUUUUGGUGGUGGUCAAGGCAACAACAAUACAUCAUCAAGCCCACCCUCUGGUGGAUUUACAGGGCCAAUGUCUGCACCUGCCAAUAUCCUUUCAGGCUUUCCAAUACAGCCCACACCAUCCUCCUUCGCCAAUCAUCAUCAACAACAACCAGAGAUGGCAAAAAGUCUAGAAGAGGACUAUGCGAUGCAAAUGAAUCUACAAAUGGUGAUGGAGAAACGACGUCGUCGACGUGAAUCGCAUAAUCAAGUGGAACGUCGUCGCAGGGACAAUAUCAAUGAUCGAAUCCAGGAACUGGGCACAUUGUUACCAGAAACUAUGUUGGAUACCAGUGGCACAUUCAAGCCCAACAAAGGAAUGAUCCUUAAAAAAUCAGUGGAUCACAUCAAGUUCCUCCAACAAGAAGUCAACACUUAUCGACAACGAAUCCAGGAACUAGAAAAUGUGCUCGGCUCAUAUCAGGCGGCGACGAAACGGCAAUAG